UAUAUCAGAGUCGGAGAGAUUGAUAAGCACGACCUUACUUGAACAGGAUCUGUUCUAUAGGCUCGUACCUCUGUAUUCUUGAUUCCUAAGAAGACAGAAACCCAUGUCGUGGUUGAUGAACCACGACCAUGUAGCUAGAGCGUGAUUAACAGAACUUCAUGGUCUCGGCUAUGGCUCAGUAGAUGAUCGUUGCUAAUCCAUCCGAUGGGUCCUGGCAUGGCUACACAUGGUUGUCUGACAGAUAACUUCAUUUUUUUUGGUCCCUUUUCUAAUGCAAACCAAGUGUUUGAUGAAAUGCUGAAGGAGAUUAUGAUCAAAGAGUCUUUUUUAUGCUGUCAUUUUCGUGAUGUUCUUGCUCAUCCAGGUUAUGUGGCCAGUUUGUAUAUGCUAUAUGCAAAGCAAGUGUUCGAUGAAAUGCCUGAACCAGAUUAUGAUGAUGGUGCUUUCUGGUAUGAUUUUGGCUUCAUCAAGUUCCAUUGGCAUUGUAACGAGCUAAGAAAAACAAGAAUGCUACUAUGA